CUGAGAGGUGACCUCAGGAUGGCACAGAACGGAAUAACAGAGAAUGGAGUGACUGAAGGAAUCCCUGCACUGCCUCAGCCUGUCCCAGUCCAGGACAUCACUCACACCAAGAUUUUUAUCGACAAUGAGUGGCACGCAUCCUGCGCAGGGAGGACGUUCCCCACCUUCAACCCGGCGACAGGUGUCAAACUCUGCGACGUGGAAGAGGCCGACAAAGAAGAUGUGGACAAGGCGGUGGAGGCAGCCAAGGUGGCCAUGCAGAGAGGCUCUCCGUGGCGGAGAAUGGAUGCGUCCAGCCGCGGGAGGCUGCUGCUCAAACUGGCCGACUUGAUAGAGAGGGACCGACUCCUGCUGGCGACCCUGGAGACUCUGGACACUGGGAAACCUUUCCUGCAGUCCUUCUUCAUUGAUCUGGACGGCAGCAUCAAAACCCUUCGUUACUACGCAGGCUGGGCUGACAAGAUUCAUGGCAAGAGUCUGCCCGUGGAUGAAAGCUUCAUGUGUUUAACUAAACACGAGCCUGUUGGUGUCUGUGGAGCCAUCAUUCCUUGGAAUUUUCCUCUACUGAUGUUCACGUGGAAGAUCGCACCGGCCCUGAGCUGUGGAAACACUGUGGUCAUCAAGCCAGCAGAGCAGACCCCCCUCACGGCCCUCCACAUUGGAUCACUCAUCAAAGAGGCGGGCUUUCCUCCUGGAGUUGUAAACAUUGUUCCAGGGUUUGGUCCCACAGCAGGAGCUGCAAUAGCCCGCCACAUGAACAUUGACAAAGUGGCCUUCACUGGUUCUACUGAGGUUGGCCAGCUGGUCAAAGAAGCAGCAGCCAGAAGUAAUCUGAAGAGAGUGACUCUGGAGCUGGGAGGGAAGAACCCCUGCAUAGUGUUUGCUGACUGUAACUUGCAGCUGGCUGUGGAGGAAACCCAGAAGGGAGCUUUUUAUAACCAGGGUCAGUGCUGCACGGCCGCAUCACGAGUCUUUGUGGAGGAAAGUAUUUAUGAAGAGUUUCUACGUUGCAGCAUAGAAAAGGCCAAGAAGAUUGUCAUAGGAGACCCGCUAGACCCCCAGACAUCACAUGGGCCACAGAUUGACCGAAAGCAGUUUGACAAGAUAAUGGAUCUGAUUGAGAGUGGGAAGAAGGAGGGAGCCAAACUGGAGUAUGGAGGAGCCGCUGUGGGUGACAAGAGCCUCUUCAUUCAACCCACCAUCUUCACAGGGGUCAAAGACCACAUGCGCAUCGCCAAGGAAGAGAUCUUUGGUCCAGUGCAGUGUAUAUUCAGCUUUAAGAGCCAGCAGGAGGCCAUAGAGAGAGCAAACAGCUCACAAUAUGGCCUGGUGUCAGCAGUCUUCACAACAAGCAUGGACAGAGCUCUGUCUGUGUCUGCAGCCCUGGAGACUGGCACUGUGUGGAUAAACUGCUAUAAUGCCCUUCACGCCCAGACACCCUUUGGAGGGUGUAAGAUGUCAGGCAUUGGACGAGAGCUUGGAGAGUACGCGUUGGCUGAGUACUCAGAGGUGAAAGCAGUGACCAUAAAACUGAGUGAAACCAUGUGAGAAGAACUGGGAAAAUCCAGUGCUGUUCACUUCCCCUUCCGUCAGGCCACAACAGGAUUCUCUACAAGCCCCACAUUCCCUUCUUCUUCUUCUUCUUCUUCUUCUUCUUCUCAGUCAUGCUCACAAUGGAGACAUAAGGUUUAGGCCAGUAUAUCACUUACUCUAUAGAGCCCAAUGAUAUACUAGGUUUUCCUCAGCAGCUUCAGUAAUGUCACUAUAUUAAACUGGUCGUGCUCUAUUUUACAGGUUCAUAUUUUUCUUUAGAUUUCACAACCAUCUAUUUGGGUGUUCCCCAAGUGUGAUUUGGUACCAGAUUGAUUAUCAGGACAAUAUAGACAUGAGCUCAGGUGGUACAUUUGCAGAUAAUAUUUCAUGCAACACCUAUAAAGAUCAUGUUUCCAAUGAUAAAGCAGUUAUAAUCGAACAUUUACUUUGCUUUAAAUGGGACAGGCUUUUGAAUAAAAUGUUGUUUUUACCUUUAGCCAGUACCAGAAUUACACAGUCAAACUUCCUUUAACAAAAAGCAUUAGUAAAAAAAGUCAAGUAAAUAAUCAGCAGAUGGAGUUUCGGACUCUAUGAUCUUUCUCAAGCCGUCCCCUGACUCCAGGUUUGACUAAUCCUUGUAGAUGCUGAGAAGUCCCCUUUUUUUCUGUCAGAGGUUACAACCAAUUGUUAUCAAGCAACUGCAAUACUAUAAGAUGACACGUGAAGGAACUGUGUUUUCUGAUUAAGCCAAUGGAUUUGGUUAAAAGGGUUUUUAUCUUUCAAAGGAGAAUAAUGAACCUUCAAGGUCAGCUGGUAUGGCCCUUCAUUGAGAAGCAGACCCAUGGCUAAGUGCUUCUCGUUUCUGGAAGGUUUCAGGUAUCUGGAUUUUCAGGACAAUGUCCUCUGUCCUGUAGAGACUACGAGAUUGGACGGUGUCUCUGAUGUUUUUCAGUGUCAUAUCCACUGUCUUGAUUUGCCUAAACCCCAAAGUGUUCAAAAAUACUCAAGUAGUUAAAACAUAGUGAUUCUUAUUUGCCUGUCUUGCCCAGUGAGAUACAUAAAUGCAGAAAAAACAUACUGAUUAAUCAAAGUGGAUUUUGAACAAGAAUUCAACUGUUCUAUUUGUUAAUCAAAUCUGCCUACAUGGGAUCAUGUGGGAAGAAUGAAUAUAUAUAUACAUAUAUUGUAAAUUGUUGAAUAGUCGAUGUCUGCAGAUGAAAAGUCUACUUCUGUGUUUCUAAUUCCAAGCGCUGAUUCUAACCAGGUGUAAUAAUACAAUGAUAU